GAAUUGUUGAAAGUAUUAUUGUUGUUGCUCGUGGUGUAUAUUUUCUCUUUUCCCUGACUCCCACACACUACUUCUGCUUGCACCUUUCUUUUCCGCCUUAUACUUUAUUUCUUCUUCUGUCUUCUAUCAUGAUUUGAGAUUGUGACUCAGAUGCUCCUUGAAUUGUGUGAUAUUUGCAGCCCUUGCUGUGCUCUUACCACUCCCUGUCGGGAAUCGCGACAAUGCGCCAAACUACUACUCUCUUUCUGAAUAACAGUGCGGGCUCUUACGUGCGCCUGCGCCCGAUCAACCCGUUCCGCCUGCGGCAGUCGCAAAUUCCAGGCUCCCUCCGUUUCUUCUCCAAUGACUCCUACUCGACCCUAUCUUCCAAUGGCGCUUCAUCGCCCCAUGGCCGAUCCUCUCUUCAGAGGAGUAAUGGCAGAAACCCAAAUCCGACCGACCAUGGGCUUUUGCUGCCCUCCUCGGCUGCCUCAUUCUCUACCUCGUCACAACGAUCUGAUCCGGGCGACUGGGAUGCGAACCCGAACCUAGCUAUUUCAGACUUCGCAGAGCUGCCCUCGAAAGAUUUCGGCGUCAAUCAACAUAUGAUCAUUAACCAGGAAUUCAAAGAAGCUCUUCGGCAAAUCCUAUGGCAAUUCCGUGCCCCUAUUCGGUACGCUUUCGCCUAUGGAUCAGGUGUCUUCCAGCAGACAGGAAGUGCACCCGGCACCGGAAAGUGUCAUCCAUCAGCACCGGCCGCUAUAAAGAAUAUGCAACAGGGCAAUGGCAAAAUGAUCGAUUUCAUCUUUGGCGUCUCGUAUUCACAGCAUUGGCACUCGUUGAACUUGGCUCAGCAUCGGGAUCAUUAUUCCGGGUUGGGAUCUUUGGGCUCGUACGCGGUGUCCCAGGUGCAGGACCGCUUUGGAGCGGGUGUAUACUUCAACCCCUUCGUCACAGUCAAUGGUACUCUGAUCAAGUAUGGUGUGGUCAAUAUCGACACACUGUGCCGGGACCUCAGCCAGUGGGACACGCUAUACAUCGCUGGACGCUUACAGAAGCCCGUCAAGAUCUUGCGCGACCACCCGAAGGUGCGACUCGCAAACCAAAUGAACUUGCUGUCUGCUGUUCGGGUGGCUCUUCUGUUACUGCCUGCCGAGUUCACCGAGUUUCAAUUGUACAGCACCAUUGCAGGCAUCAGUUAUAUGGGCGACCUUCGCAUGUCACUGCCGGCAGAGGAUCCUCGCAAGGUCAACAACAUUGUGUCUUCGCAGAUGGCGAAUUUCAGGCGGCUCUAUGCCCCGCUCAUUGACAAUCUUCCCAAUGUGACGUUCAAUGACCCACGGUGCACCCAGGAUGAUUGGAUUGAUGACCCAGACACGAAUGUGCGACUCACCCAAGAUAUGGAUCCCGUGAAGCGAGGCAACAUGGUUCGCCGUCUACCGGAUGCAUUCCGAGAGAAGCUGUACUUUCAGUUUCAGUCACUCUAUCAGAUUCCGCGAGCGGAAUUCAAUACAAUGAUGAGGGAGAACAAUGACACUGACGAGAUCGUGCGGCGGAGACAGGGUGGUCCCUUUGAGCAGCGUAUCGCCGCGGACAAGGAGCUUCCGAAAGAAGUGGAAGCUGCCAUCAGCAAGACCAUUCGUUGGCCAAGUACCGUACAGUCGAUAAAGGGCUUAUUUACCUCUGGAUUUGGCAGGACCAUGCAUUAUCUUUGGGAAAAGGUUGAAAAGUACCGGAAGUCGGGCAAGAAGAGUGCCUCGUCUGAUGCGCCUUCAGCCAAGUCUUCCAAGCAAGACUAGAAAAGGGGUUGGAUGUUAGGGACCAUAUCGUGACAUGAUCCUUCCCGACAAUAUUGUCCAAAGCGCAGGUAACGUUUUAUAGACACAUCUGGGAUAUGGUUGAGGGCAUAGUGAGGCGUUGAUUUUGAUAGGUAUUUGGUGGGACGUGUAUUUAGUAUAUCCUUCAAGGUCCUUGCCCCCGAAAGAGAGGACUACCUACAGACGAUGUAUAGAGAAACAAUGUGCAAUGAAACAUACAAUUAGAG